GAUGUAAAUUAUGCUCACAUAAUAGUAACCUGUUGACUGUUAGAAUGUCCUCCACUGGGGCUGGAAUCACUGAGGGUGAAAGACAAUCAGCUGAGGGCUUCAUCCUACAAGCGCAGAGGCCUGGGGCCCCACCGGGGCCGACUAAAUAUCCAGGUAACUUUACGGACCAACACCAAACUAAAGAAAACCAACAUGAUCUAUCAGAGCCACGCUGUGUAUUUCGUUUGUGUGGGUUGUGUGUUGCAGUCUGGAACGCAUGAUGGAGACAUCUAUGAUGGGGCCUGGUGCGCUCGGUACAAAGACAAGAAGCAGUGGCUGGAAGUCGACGCUCGACGACUGACCCGCUUCACUGGUGUCAUCCUACAGGGACGUAGCUCCAUCUGGAGCUGGGACAUGGUGCACACCUACAAGGUUCAGUUCAGUAACGACACACUGGUCUGGACGCCGUGUAUGAACGGUAGCAAAGAGGCUGUAUUUGAAGGAAACCAAGAUGCAGAGACACCUGUCCUUGCCCUGUUCAACACGUCCACAGCAGCCCGUUACAUUCGGAUCAACCCGCAGACUUGGUAUCAGAAUGGGACAGAGGGAGACAUCUGCCUCAGAGCCGAGGUGUUAGGAUGUGCACUUCCAGAUCCCAAUACAAUCUACGCAUGGCAGACAGAACCAACAGGGUCCAAAGACAAACUGGACUUCAGGCAUCACAACUAUGAGGAGAUGAGAAAGCUGAUGAAAAGGGUGAAUGAAGAGUGUCCGAAUAUCACCCGCAUAUACAGCAUUGGGAAGAGCUACACUGGUCUGAAGCUUUACGUCAUGGAGAUCUCAGACAACCCUGGAAAACACGAACUGGGAGAACCAGAGUUUCGAUACGUUGCGGGGAUGCAUGGGAAUGAGGUGCUGGGUCGGGAGCUUCUGCUCAAUCUGAUGCAGUACAUGUGCCAAGAGUACAAACGAGGAGACCAACGGAUCAUCCGUCUGGUCAAAGAGACUCGCAUCCACCUUCUGCCCUCCAUGAACCCUGACGGAUAUGAGAUGGCCUUUAAGAAGGGCUCGGAGUUGGCAGGCUGGGCUCUGGGACGCUACAGCUAUGAAGGCAUCGAUAUGAACCACAACUUUGCUGAUCUCAACUCAGUGAUGUGGACCGCCAUCGAGCUGGAGACAGACCGGUCCAAGCUCAUCAACCAUUACUUCCCCAUCCCUGAAAUGUACACCUCUGAAGAGGCUUUUGUUGCAUCUGAGACCCGAGCUGUCAUCAACUGGAUGCAGAACAUCCCGUUUGUUCUUGGUGCUAACCUCCAUGGAGGAGAACUGGUGGUCACCUACCCGUACGACAUGACCCGGGACUGGGCACCACGUGAGCACACACCCACCCCUGAUGAGAGCUUCUUCCGCUGGUUGGCCACAGCGUACGCCAGCACCAAUCGGGUGAUGUCAAACCCGGACCGGCGGCCAUGCCACAACAAAGACUUCCUUAGAUUUAACAACAUCAUUAAUGGAGCUGACUGGCACAACGUUCCAGGAAGUAUGAAUGAUUUCAGCUACCUGCACACCAACUGUUUUGAGGUGACAGUGGAGUUGUCCUGCGAUAAGUUUCCUCAUGCCAGCGAGCUUCCUAUCGAAUGGGAGAACAACAGAGAGUCUCUCCUGGUUUACAUGGAGCAGGUCCAUCGUGGAAUUAAGGGUGUGAUUCGAGACAGAGACACAGAGGCUGGAAUAGCAGAUGCCAUCAUCAAAGUUGAGGAGAUCGAUCAUCACAUUAGAUCAGUGGCUGAUGGUGAUUACUGGCGGCUGCUGAAUCCCGGAGAGUACCGAGUGACAGUAACCGCAGAGGGCUACUUACCGUCCUCACGCACCUGCUGGGUCAUGUAUGACCACUACCCUACAAUCUGUGACUUCAACCUCACCAAGGUGCCCAAACAGAGGCUUAAAGACAUUCUAGCAAAGGGGGGAAAACUUCCAAAGGACCUGCAGCUCAGGCUAUGGCAGCUACGCAUGCGUAAGCUGCGCGCCACCACCAAGGCCAUCAACCAGAGGCGCGCUGCAGCUGCUAAACGGGCGAAGAGGGUGUGACGAAGGAAGCCAAGGAGAGAACAAAGCAGGACUUGGUUCAGAGACAUUAGAUCAUUCUGGAUUCUUGUUAGUUUUUUUUUUUUUAAAGGUAUCAAGGCCAUAGCCUUUGUACUAUUUA